AUGCAUGUAACCAUAUUUAUUUGCUUAUUUUAAUUUCAGACGUAAAAUGAUGGCGUUCCAAUGGAGGACAAUUGGAGUGCUACUCUUGACCUUAGCAAUGGAUUGCACAGUAUGCGCUCCGACCACUCACGACAAACCAUCUACCUCAAGAUUUAGGCAGGCUCGAGCUGUCAAUGCUGCAUCUCAGAAUUCCAUUUCUUCUACCUCAACAACCCCAUCUCUACCUCAGGACGCUCCGGUAACCACAAAGAAAUCCACCACCACCACCACCACCACCACCACAUUGCGUGUUACCAGGUCGACGUCUCGACCAUCGUCUACAACAUUUUCCUCUUCCGAUCCAGCAUGCAUGCACAGACCGCAUCCAACGAAUCCAAGACUGUUUGAAAUUGCACGAACACCGAAUCAAUUCGAGGGCGAGUACCAAUCCUGUGCCUCAACGCUUGUAUGGAACCAGGCUACUUGUGCUUGCGACUGGCCUACACAGAUUUCUCUGAAGGAUCCUAUAUGUGGGGAGUACCGUAAACAUCCGGAUUUAAAAAAGCCAUGGAUGUAUCAGAGACUGGUCAAUACAGAAUGGAUAGAUUACUCAUGUAGUGUGUUUAUCCGGGGACUCUUUUCAGAAAGAACAUGCAAAUGCGAUUAUGGAAUACUCGUAGACAGUCACACUACACUAAAAAUUCCAAAAACGGAUCCAGUACCGAAAACAAAAACCAAGUGUGUAGUUGUUGCAAACAUAACCAUGGACAGACGUAUCAAAGACGACAGCGGGGGUCAUUUGACAUUAUCACGGAACCCACACAUUCGGAUAACAAGCAGGGUUAAAGGGUCAAAAGGUGGAGCAGCCCUUAUACGCAGGUCACCGAUCCAAGUCGAGUCAUUCUAUGCAAACGACCUUACUGACACUGUGCGGUUUGCGUUCAAUUUUAAAGUGCACAGAUUCAGUGUAAACUCCAGACGUCACAUGGUCUUGAUGAGCAAUGGAUGCUGGUCUACAUCUUCGUCCAUGAGAUAUAAGAUAAGACCAUCGGUGGAGGUUCGCUUCAGGCCAUUUGAUCAAACAUUCGGAAUUUCAUUUGAGACAUUUGGAAACCGUAUCUUCAAAAACAUCAGAGCAAAUAGAGACAAGGAUGGCUGGUACAAAGUCGUGCUAUAUCUUCAGGAUAAUACACUUACAUUUAUAGUCAACAACAGAAAAAUCUUCACUAGAUCUGGUAUGAGAGGUUCACUACGCAAACGUGAUUGUAAAUUAACAAUAGCGGGGUCGCCAUACCAAGCAAUGGACCAUUUCGAUGGAUAUUUUGACGAGUUUCUCAGUGUCAAGCAAUGCAAAUGUGAUUGCAUGAAUAGUCCAUCAAAGAAUUUGCCAAACUGACUUUAAGGAAAUUUGCAGUAUCAUUGCACUUCUGCAAAAAAUGAUGUAGCUGAUCAAUCUCUAGGUCAGCACACAAAUGUCACUCCAACGCCAUAUCCUUCCUCAGCAAAUGUCGAUAAAAUCCUUGCGUUUGCGGCUUGCGUAUUUCCGGUGUUUGUAGCAAAUGAUCCAAAUACGGAUAAGACAACAUAUGGGGAAACCUUCCGCUGCUCCUACUAAGCUAUAGUUCAUAAAUGAGACUACUAUUUACAUCUGAGAUGGACAAAUCACUCUCCCGCUUAGUGUUGUCAAACCUACGAUAUAAAGGACAUCACAGAUAACUGUUGGCAGAUGAUUAACUAAACUUAGAUAGAGGGGACUUCUCUUUAUUGUGAUUUAAUCAAAUGGGUCAAAUGAUUUCUUAAUGUUACGAGAUUCAAAUCUUGUACAUACAGCAUCAGCAGGAGGAUUUGUAGAUUUUAAAUAGUAAUAUUGAAGAUAGACCUCGAAUUCGCUUACUAAUACUGACGAGCCUCCAAUUCUGUCUAUAAUACGGAGGACAGACCUCGAAUUAUGUUAAUAAUACUGAAGACAGACCUCGAAUUCUGUCUAUAAUACUGAAGACAGACCUCGAAUUCUGGUAAUAAUACUGAAGACAGACCUCGAAUUCUUUUAAUAAUACUGAAGACAGACCUCGAAUUCUGGUAAUAAUACUGACGACAGACCUCGAAUUCUGGUAAUAUUGGUGAAACAAUACUAAAACAGCAAAACUUUUCAAUGUAUAGAGUAUAUCUAUAUGGUAUAUGAGAGUAACGAAAGCUGUAUUAAAAGUUAUUCAUAAAAAAAAAAAAAAACAUAUGUAACGGACAUUUUCGUCUCGUGUAAAUGUCACCAAUUAGGUUGUGUUUUGCUUUCAUAUGAAUUAUGUAACGUCUCCCACCACACCAGCGAUGGAUUUGUAGAAAAGCUGUUCUAAUUGUUUGAAAUACAAGGAUUUGACAGCACUGGGUCCUCGUAACAAUCGGGGCGACAAACCACAAUUCGGGUCAGGUGAAUGUCAAACCAAUGUAAUGACCAGGUCAGGUGAGAAAAGAGACAGCGUAUAUGAAUGAAAUAUGUUAAUUACAAAUUUGAAUAUUUUCAAGUGAUAUAUAACUCUAAUUCCAUUUAGACGACAGUUAUAUUGCUUACAGGAGACAAUUAAUGUUUGGUUAGGAUAUUGUCAGUAAUUUUAAUUUAUUUCAAGUUAAAUGAAAAUGAUUUACUAUAAAUUAUUCAAACCGUGCAUAUGUCAAUAAAUCAUCAACGACAUCAUAUAUAGCACGUACCUCCAUAAGUUAAAUUCUAGAAUAAUGUUCACGUUCCCUAGGAGGAUGCCACUUUUUGCUAACAGAGAAAUGAUCAAAGAGUACUUUGCAAAUUGACAACAUAUCAACAGGGUUUAAUUGGAUACUCAGUGAUUCUGUUAAUGGAUUCACGUGACAUAUACAACAAUUUGAUACAUUGUACGUAAUGUAGGGUCAACAACGUAACCUUUCCGUUAAUGAGGUGAUUUAUUUAUGUAGCUAUAAUUAUAUCAAUUGACUUAUAUUUAUCUGAAUAUCGCAUGUGCCAAGAAUAUUAAAAGUUCAUCAUUGUUCAUCAUCAUAUGGAUACAUUGUAUUCAUGGUUAUUAUGGAGUAUAGGUGCUGAAACAAACGUGUUUAGGCAUCGAAUACCAUUGCAGAAUGAAUCCGCCGUGGUAGAUUAAGUCCCGUAUCUGUUUCCUUGUAUUUAUAUUACUUGGUAUUUGUAUGUAGUUGAUGUCAUUGUAAGUAUUCUAUAACUAUUGAGUUACUGUAAAUGAGAAUUGUUUGUAAUAUUGUAAUAUAUCAUGUUUGUCUAUAUAUUCUGUAGCUAUUUGAGAACUUUAAUAACGUGACUAUGUCUUGAUUACUUUUUAUGUGAAUGUUUUCUUGACGAUGAUAUGCCACUAUUUUAUACUGUAUCACCUACUACUGAUAUAUGUAAUACCUCAAAGUAUACCAAUACCAACGUAUACGUUUUGUUUUAAGAUUAUGUGAGAUUUGAGAUGUAGAACUGAUGAAGCAUGCAGUCUCACUCUCACAGGUUAUUAAACUUAAUAAACAAAUAAAACCAUAA